AUGGAAACAGAAAUGAGGCUUCGGACUCAGAGGCUUCGUACUCAGAGGCUUCGGACUCAGAGGCUUCAGAAUCAGAGGCUUCGGACUCAGAGGCUUCAGAAUCAGAGGCUUCGGACUCAGAGGCUUCAGAAUCAGAGGCUUCGGACUCAGAGGCUUCGGAAUCAGAGGCUUCGGACUCAGAGGCUUCAGAAUCAGAGGCUUCGGACUCAGAGGCUUCAGAAUCAGAGGCUUCGGAAUCAGAGGCUUCGGACUCAGAGGCUUCGGACUCAGAGGCUUCAGAAUCAGAGGCUUCGGAAUCAGAGGCUUUGGACUCAGAGGCUUUGGAAUCAGAGGCUUUGGACUCAGAGGCUUUGGAAUCAGAGGCUUCGGAAUCAGAGGCUUCGUACUCAGAGGCUUCGUACUCAGAGGCUUCGGACUCAGAGGCUUCGGACUCAGAGGCUUCAGAAUCAGAGGCUUCGGACUCAGAGGCUUCGGAAUCAGAGGCUUCGGAAUCAGAGGCUUCGGAAUCAGAGGCUUCAGGCUCAGAGGCUUCGGGCUCAGAGGCUUCGGACUCAGAGGCUUCGGGCUCAGAGGCUUCAGGCUCAGAGGCUUCGGAAUCAGAGGCUUCAGACUCAGAGGCUUCGGGCUCAGAGGCUUCGGGCUCAGAGGCUUCGGACUCAGAGGCUUCGGAAUCAGAGGCUUCGUACUCAGAGGCUUCGGAAUCAGAGGCUUCAGACUCAGAGGCUUCGAAAUCAGAGGCUUCGGAAUCAGAGGCUUCGGAAUCAGAGGCUUCAGACUCAGAGGCUUCGGGCUCAGAGGCUUCGGACUCAGAGGCUUCGGACUCAGAGGCUUCAGGCUCAGAGGCUUCGGAAUCAGAGGCUUCAGAAUCAGAGGCUUCGGAAUCAGAGGCUUCGGACUCAGAGGCUUCGGAAUCAAAGGCUUCGGAAUCAAAGGCUUCGGAAUCCGAGGCUUCGGAAUCCGAGGCUUCGAACUCAGAGGCUUCGGACUCAGAGGCUUCGGACUCAGAGGCUUCGGAAUCAGAGGCUUCGGGUUCAGAGGCUUCGGGCUCAGAGGCUUCGGAAUCAGAGGCUUCGGACUCAGAGGCUUCGGACUCAGAGGCUUCGGAAUCAGAGGCUUCGGGCUCAGAGGCUUCGGGCUCAGAGGCUUCGGAAUCAGAGGCUUCGGAAUCAGAGGCUUCGGACUCAGAGGCUUCGGACUCAGAGGCUUCGGAAUCAGAGGCUUCGGGCUCAGAGGCUUCGGAAUCAGAGGCUUCGGAAUCAGAGGCUUCGGACUCAGAGGCUUCGGAAUCAGAGGCUUCGGAAUCAGAGGCUUCGGAAUCAGAGGCUUCAGACUCAGAGGCUUCGGGCUCAGAGGCUUCGGACUCAGAGGCUUCGGACUCAGAGGCUUCGGACUAAGAGGCUUCGGAAUCAGAGGCUUCGGAAUCAGAGGCUUCAGACUCAGAGGCUUCGGAAUCAGAGGCUUCGGAAUCAGAGGCUUCGGAAUCAGAGGCUUCGGAAUCAGAGGCUUCGGACUCAGAGGCUUCGGACUCAGAGGCUUCGGAAUCAGAGGCUUCGGGCUCAGAGGCUUCGGAAUCAGAGGCUUCGGAAUCAGAGGCUUCGGACUCAGAGGCUUCGGAAUCAGAGGCUUCGGAAUCAGAGGCUUCAGGCUCAGAGGCUUCGGGCUCAGAGGCUUCGGACUCAGAGGCUUCGGGCUCAGAGGCUUCGGAAUCAGAGGCUUCGGACUCAGAGGCUUCGGAAUCAGAGGCUUCGUACUCAGAGGCUUCGGAAUCAGAGGCUUCGGACUCAGAGGCUUCGGAAUCAGAGGCUUCGGAAUCAGAGGCUUCGGAAUCAGAGGCUUCGGAAUCAGAGGCUUCGGAAUCAGAGGCUUCAGACUCAGAGGCUUCGGGCUCAGAGGCUUCGGACUCAGAGGCUUCGGACUCAGAGGCUUCGGAAUCAGAGGCUUCGGGCUUCGGACUCAGAGGCUUCGGAAUCAGAGGCUUCGGGCUCAGAGGCUUCGGGCUCAGAGGCUUCGGACUCAGAGGCUUCGGAAUCAGAGGCUUCGGGCUCAGAGGCUUCGGAAUCAGAGGAUUCGGACUCAGAGGAUUCGGACUCAGAGGCUUCGGAAUCAGAGGAUUCGGACUCAGAGGAUUCGGACUCAGAGGCUUCGGAAUCAGAGGCUUCGGAAUCAGAGGCUUCAGACUCAGAGGCUUCGGAAUCAGAGGCUUCGGAAUCAGAGGCUUCGGAAUCAGAGGCUUCAGACUCAGAGGCUUCGGAAUCAGAGGCUUCGGACUCAGAGGCUUCGGACUCAGAGGCUUCGGAAUCAGAGGCUUCGGGCUCAGAGGCUUCGGAAUCAGAGGCUUCGGAAUCAGAGGCUUCGGACUCAGAGGCUUCGGAAUCAGAGGCUUCGGAAUCAGAGGCUUCGGAAUCAGAGGCUUCAGACUCAGAGGCUUCGGGCUCAGAGGCUUCGGACUCAGAGGCUUCGGACUCAGAGGCUUCAGGCUCAGAGGCUUCGGAAUCAGAGGCUUCGGGCUCAGAGGCUUCGGGCUCAGAGGCUUCGGGCUCAGAGCCUUCGGAAUCAGAGGCUUCGGAAUCAGAGGCUUCGGACUCAGAGGCUUCGGACUCAGAGGCUUCGGACUCAGAGGCUUCGGAAUCCGAGGCUUCGGGUUUAGAGGCUUCGGAAUCAGAGGCUUCGGAAUCAGAGGCUUCGGACUCAGAGGCUUCGGACUCAGAGGCUUCGGAAUCCGAGGCUUCGGGUUUAGAGGCUUCGGAAUCAGAGGCUUCGGAAUCAGAGGCUUCGGACUUAGAGGCUUCGGACUCAGAGGUUUCGGACUUAGAGGCUUCGGACUCAGAGGUUUCGGACUUAGAGGCUUCGGACUCAGAGGCUUCGGACUCAGAGGCUUCGGACUCAGAGGCUUCGGAAUCAGAGGCUUUGGAAUCAGAGGCUUCGGACUCAGAGGCUUCGGAAUCAGAGGGUUCGGAAUCAGAGCCUUCGGAAUCAGAGGCUUCGGACUCAGAGUCUUCGGAAUCAGAGGCUUCGGACUCGGAGGCUUCAGGCUCAGAGGCUUCGGAAUCAGAGGCUUCGGACUCAGAGGCUUCGGAAUCAGAGGCUUCGGACUCGGAGGCUUCAGGCUCAGAGGCUUCGGACUCGGAGGCUUCAGGCUCAGAGCCUUCGGAAUCAGAGGCUUCAGACUCAGAGCCUUCGGAAUCAGAGGCUUCAGACUCAGGGGCUUCGGAAUCAGAGGCUUCAGACUCAGGGGCUUCGGACUCGGAGGCUUCGGAAUCAGAGGCUUCGGACUCAGAGGCUUCGGAAUCAGAGGCUUCGGACUCAGAGGCUUCGGACUCAGAGGCUUCGGACUCAGAGGCUUCGGAAUCAGAGGCUUCGGACUCAGAGGCUUCGGACUCAGAGGCUUCGGAAUCAGAGGCUUCGGAAUCAGAGGCUUCGGACUCAGAGGCUUCGGAAUCAGAGGCUUCAGGCUCAGAGGCUUCGGAAUCAGAGGCUUCGGACUCAGAGGCUUCGGAAUCAGAGGCUUCGGACUCGGAGGCUUCAGGCUCAGAGCCUUCGGACUCGGAGGCUUCAGGCUCAGAGCCUUCGGAAUCAGAGGCUUCAGACUCAGGGGCUUCGGACACUGAGGCUUCAGACUCAGGGGCUUCGGACUCGGAGGCUUCGGAAUCAGAGGCUUCGGACUCAGAGGCUUCGGAAUCAGAGGCUUCGGACUCAGAGGCUUCGGACUCAGAGGCUUCGGAAUCAGAGGCUUCGGACUCAGAGGCUUCGGACUCAGAGGCUUCGGAAUCAGAGGCUUCGGAAUCAGAGGCUUCGGAAUCAGAGGCUUCGGACUCAGAGGCUUCGGAAUCAGAGGCUUCGGAAUCAGAGGCUUCUUCGGACUCAGAGGCUUCGGAAUCAGAGGCUUCGGGCUCAGAGGCUUCGGAAUCCGAGGCUUCGGAAUCAGAGGCUUCGGGCUCAGAGGCUUCGGACGCAGAGGCUUCGGACUCAGAGGCUUCGGACACAGAGGCUUCGGAAUCAGAGGCUUCGGAAUCAGAGGCUUCGGAAUCGGAGGCUUCGGAAUCGGAGGCUUCGAAAUCAGAGGCUUCGGACUCAGAGGCUUCGGACUCAGAGCCUUCGGAAUCAGAGGCUUCGGAAUCAGAGGCUUCGGACUCAGAGGCUUCGGACUCAGAGGCUUCGGACUCAGAGGCUUCGGAAUCCGAGGCUUCGGGUUUAGAGGCUUCGGAAUCAGAGGCUUCGGAAUCAGAGGCUUCGGACUUAGAGGCUUCGGACUCAGAGGUUUCGGACUUAGAGGCUUCGGACUCAGAGGUUUCGGACUUAGAGGCUUCGGACUCAGAGGCUUCGGACUCAGAGGCUUCGGACUCAGAGGCUUCGGACUCAGAGGCUUCGGAAUCAGAGGCUUCGGACGCAGAGGCUUCGGACUUAGAGGCUUCGGACUCAGAGGCUUCGGACUCAGAGGCUUCGGAAUCGGAGGCUUUGGAAUCAGAGGCUUCGGACUCAGAGGCUUCGGAAUCAGAGGCUUCGGAAUCCAGACUGGAAUGA